UGGUGUUUUUAUCAUGAAUGGGGUCAUCAGCUUGCUCUCACAAGGCCAACUCUGCCCUUUUUUCUUUUCUUUUCUCUUUUUUGCUUUUAAAGCUCUUUUUGCAAGCCCCGUAUCGAAACGGUGGGUGAGAGAACGGCGUUUUCUGCCUUUUCUACGCUUCGUUCAACAGCUUUCGUGCGCGGGUGUAAAUAUAUACGCUCGAUGGACGUUCGCAAGCAAUCACGGAAAAUUCGUGAUUUGUCCUGCCUCCACCAUCUAAUGUCUUCAUUGCGGCGAUGGGUUGCCUCUCUGCUAAGCGGAGCCAUGGGAUCUUUCGUCCUCAUGUGUAUUAUUCUGAUGACGUGGACAAGUGCCAGCGUUCACUCGGCCACCACGAAGGAAACGUUGGUCCAUGCCGCCAUAGCCAUACCUCCUCCCAUUACUCCAUCUGCUGAUCUGGCCUCGGGAGGCGGCCUCCUCUCAAUUCCAUCCAGAUGGCGUGUGUUGGCAGAGCCUGCGGUUCAGUCGUCAUCUCCGUCGUCGGGAUCUGCAGCUUCGUCUGCCGCUUCGCCUUUGCCUGGGGCGGCUUGGUCGGGUGCUUCGCCUUUGCCUGCGCCAGCUUCGUCGGCGGACGCACCGCCCGGUUCCGACCCGACUCCGCCGGCGUCUAUACUCGUUCCCCGCAACAGAACUUUGUUUCCGUCAAGCCGACUGGUGUGGUCCCACGCUGCCGUCCCUCCGUUCCUGCCAUCGUCGACGGGCAAGCUCUUCUGCCGCUCUGCGGUCAAUGACUUAGUCGUUGCUCCACAAAGUACGGCAAUUUACCUCCAACUCUGGGAAUUCUGCCUCAUCCAGCGCCAGCUCUCUCAUCAGCGCCAGUCCAUCUGGAAAGCAGAACUACCUCACGUUAGUGACGGCGGCUCUACUACCAAUAGCGGUCAGGCUCCGGAGGGGGACUUACUCAGCUACUGGUGGCCUUUCGACAAGGGAAACGGCUAUGCUGUGAACACCUCAGACAUCCAGUACGCUGGACCACGCGACACCGUUUCGAUGGCCGACAUUUGGGCGAUGGAUGUGACUCGCGCGGGCGAUCGUCUUAUCAUCUUGUCCAACCCAACUAUUGACAACACGUACUCCAAGAUUUCCACCUUGUCCACAGACAAUGGCAGUAGAACUUCUACUUCCCUUCCCGUAAGCGGCGCCGUCAGUCUCACGUUCAAUCCGAACGGGACGCGUCUGUACGUAGCUCGUGGUAGUGCACCCGUUCCCAUCGUAAGCGCUCCUGUGGAGGAGUCCAGAGAGACAGGGAUCCCGAUGGACGGCGCGGAGUGGACUGACGUGUGGAGAUUGCCUCCAGGGGGGGAUCCCGAUAUCAAGACCGUCCGCUUCAGCUCGCAGAGCUUUUCCUCGGACGAGCGCUGCCUCUAUUUCCUGGACCCCGACAACCUUCAUGUGUGGGGAAUCGAUCCCCUUACCUCUGCUGGUACCGCGACUCCCCCCGUGCUCAUCGCGGGAUCCGGCUCGAGAGGAGUGGUCGAUGCGGACGGACUCAACUCCUCCUUCAACAACUUGACGGACAUCGCCGUCACUCCCGACGGCUGCAACAUCUUCGUCGUUGAUUACUAUUACGGUUCCCUUCGCUGGCUGCAGCUGGACUCACCCUGCUCCGCGGCUCGCAGGGUGCUGACAGUGGAAAGUUUCCCUGGGCUGCGUCUAGUCAGGCUCGGUCAAUCCGGCAGCGACCACUACCUGUACAUCGGGACGAGCGCCGGCUCCGUGACUGCGCUGAAAAUAAAUGCCUCGCAGCUGCACUCUUGCGCACCGCCACCGCCACCGCCACCGCCGCCGCCGCCGCCGCGAUCUAACCCGAACACCCCCCCCCCCCCUGACACUCGCAAUCUAGCCUUAAUCGUAGCUCUCCCUCUCUCUGCUCUCGCAGUCCUUGCCGCUUGUGCAAGCUACCUCAUUUUACAGAAAAAGAGACGGCACGGAGGGCUUAAGGAGCCCCAGCUAAUGACGAACUUGAGGACGAAAGGCAGCGGCGAGUCCACGGUUGCAACGAACGGUUCAUCGUCGGGGGUAGCUGGGGGUAAAGAUGAGCUGGGGGGAGGACCGGGGGAAGAGAGACAGGAGGGGCUUCAUCCUUUGCAGGUGAAGCAGUUCUCACUUGCAGCUCUGUCAUAUUGCACGCAGAACUUCAGCGAGAGCUACCGCAUCGGACCCGGCGGGGCGUUUGGCAAUGUCUACUGGGGAUCGAUGGAGGACGGCAAGGCGUUGGCGAUGAAGGUCAUGACAGGCGAUCUGACAGAGGGGAAAAAGAACAUGUUCCUGGCGGAAGUGAACACGCUGAGCAGAGUCCAUCACGCCAACCUCAUCCGACUCGUCGGAUUCUGCCACGAGGGCAAUCGGUCGAUCUUGGUCUAUCCCUACUUCCCAGGCGGGAGCUUGUUCGCUCGUCUGCACGAGAGAGGGAAAGCCGUGCCGGGGAAAGCUUCGAUGCCGCCGCUGACGCUCGUGGAGCGACUGUGCAUCGCCUUGCAGAUCGCUAAGGGCCUAGCCUACCUUCACGAGGGUGCCGACCCACCUGUCAUCCAUCGGGACAUCAAGAGCAGCAACGUGCUGCUUGGCGAUGGCUCCGGGGAGAAGUUGCACGUCGUGGUGGCGGACUUCGGCCUUGCAACCAUUGGAGAGAAAGUGUUCGGCACGGAGCGUGAGUCGGUGGUGAAGACCUCGCACAUGGCGGGCACGUUCGGGUACAUGGCGCCGGAGUAUGCGAGGGGAGGAAUUCUGUCAGACAAGAACGACGUGUACGCUUUCGGCGUUAUCCUGCUGGAGCUGCUGACGGGCCGGAAGGCCGUGGCUAUGGCACCCUCUGGGGUGGGGUGGGAGACGCUACCGGACUGGGCUAGGCCGUUUCUUAAGCGAAUGGUCGUCGUUGGUAAUGAUACGGCAUACCAAAUUCUGGACGCUCGCCUGCAUGAUCAGGCGGCGGGAUUCAGGUUCAGCCGUAUGGUUAAGGAAACGCUGCUUUUGGCGAGCGAGUGCAUACGAGAGGACUAUCGAGCGAGGCCAAGGAUGUGUGGAUUGGUGGAGAAGAUGGGCAAUCUCCUCAAUGAAGCGCAGAUCGACGUCAGGCAAGCGAAGCGCUGAUCGCCGAGCGAAAAUCAUCAGGGAGCUGAUGAGUGGCGGCCCAGGAUUGGUGAAGAAAGAUGGGCAAUCUGGUGAAUCAACCGCAGAUCAAGGCCAGGCAAACGAGGCGCUGACGGCAGAGAAAGAUAGAACUCGUCAUGAAGCCGAUGACCGGUGAAGAAUCAAUCACAGAACGGGCAAAUGCUAUGUAGCUUUCGUUAGUGGUGGGAGGAAGAGAACCUUGGGUGGGUUGCUUACGGCCAGCGAUCCUGUAUUCUUUCUCUCUUAUUCUUCUUUUCACAAGGGUUGACGGCCGUGACACAUCUAUGUCGAACUCACCGGGGGCCAAGUCCCACAUACACCGUUGAGCCAGUUCAGCGUUGAACUAGCUCAACGUGUGCGACCGUUCGAGACGUCUGAGAUGCAUGGGAGCUGGGCAUCUAGCCGUUCGUUUUCAGAUGUGAGAAAUGAAAAUACCUUGGUUCUUUUUUUUUAAUUCAAGAAAGGUGGUGAAAAAUGCCUGCACUCGAAUACAAAGCCCCCUACCCUCCCCAUCGUCCGUUGAACUCGAUACCCCACUUCCAGUUCCAGUGGGGAGCGGGGUAUGGGUUCAACGGUGCUUCCCAUGCUGCAUCCUCUAUAUUCCGUGAAAAAUAGUGGUGGCCUCAUUACUGUUAUCAUUGUCUGACGGUGGGCCUCCGUUCAAUCAGGUAGUAUCUGUCAGCCAGAGCAUGCCUCAACAUAUUCCCCUUCUUUAGUGGGCAUACAUAGUCAUGUAUUUACUCCGCUUUAUGGUAAAGGUUCUUUCCUACAAUUCUGUAACUGGAGUGGGCCACACCUUCUGUGUAUGUAGCCAUGUUCCUGGUUGGGGCUCUUUCCCACGAUUGAAAAUCGAAGUGGCCUAAUUCCCAUGGUUCUGCAUGUGAGCUUCCGCCUGAGUUAGCAAUGUAUGUUGCCCGAUUUCUUGAGUAAAUGCACCAUCCCUUC